AUGGUGGUGCUCUUCACUUCAGCUGUUGCACCCAGUGUUUUCAUUUACUUAAAGCCAUACUCGGAGGCUGUUCGUUGCAGUGUAUUAGUAUGUACUUGCAUAACAGAAACUAAGGGGAAGGUUAAUAGAAAAUUGGACGAGUGGAGGGCAGUUUUAGAAGAUAAAGGGUUGUUCAUAAGUCGUAAGAAGAUUGAAUAUUUGCGAUGCUACUUUAGUGGGACAGAGUCGAUAAGUGAACCUAAGGUGACCAUAGGUGGUGAAGUUGUUGCAUGUACGACUAAGUUCAGGUAUUUAGGAUCGAUGAUUCAGAGUAAUAGAGAGAUUGAUGGAGAUGUUACUAAUCGUAUACAAGCGGGUUGGCUUAAAUGGCGAGCUGCCACUGGGAUGCUAUGUGAUAGGAAGUUUCCUAGUAGAUUUAAAGAUUUGCGUAUGCUGAGGUGCUUGUGCGAUCACACAAUUAUGGAUAGAAUAAGGAACCAGGAGAUCAGAGAGAAGUUAGGUUGCCCCUUUUUCUGCAAAGAUGCGUAA